AUGCAUAUUUGGUCCUCAAACACCUUGCUUUCCUACCUCCGGACCCUUCCUCUCUCAACAAUUGAGCGGGUUGAUUCAGACGGACGAACUCUAUUGCAACACGCAAUUGAUCAAAAGAAUAACGCCGUGGUAGAUAUCCUGCUAGAGAAACAACCGGACAUCAAUCGUGAAGAUAAACUAGGCAGAAGCUAUCUCAGCCAUGCAAUUCGCACCCUAAAUGUCACCGCAGCACAGAAACUCAUAGAUUUUGGUGCAGAAAUUGAGAACUCGUGCUACAUGGACUUACCCCUCUCCUGUCUCUCAGCUCCGAAUCCUCGGAACACAUUCUUCCACCACGCCAUCUACGCUGGCAACGACUCCACCAUCUCCUUCCUCCUCUCCCUCGGCGCCCCAGUUUCUACAGUUGAUGCCAAGAACAACACACCACUCAUGCUCGCGAUCCAAUCCGGCAGCGACGCCAUCACCAACCUCCUCCUCGACUCUCUUCCUUCUAGUGCCUCUGCUCUCGCCAUUCUCGCCAAAAACACAGACUCAGAAACACCCCUCCACUUCCUCUCAGACCGCACUCCCCACCUCUCACCAUCCACAAUCCAGCGCCUCGUCUCCCUAACCCUCUCAUUCGGCGGUUCCAGCGAGAUCUCCCACCCAUGA